AACCCACCGCAUCAUCACCAACGACCAGUUCUAACCUGAGCAGGCUCCAGCCGUGGGACGCGAUUUCGGCAGCCCGUGCUGCUCUGAUCUCUCAGCACCAUGGAGUCGAUAUCGCGGAUAUCGACACUGCUCGAGAAUGCUCGCGAUCUCACCCUCGAAGCUGCCCAGGCGGCCCGCAGCGCCCGCCCGACCACGACCUCACGAGCGCUGCCCACAGCACAGCUCAAGAAGCUUUUGGACAGCCGCAAUGAGCGCGAAGUUCUCGAUGGACUGCGUCGAGUCAUUUCAAUGAUGUACCGACAGCAAAAGACCCUUCCGCUCUUCUCCUCCGUCGUCAAGAACGUUGCCUCACCAAAUUUCGAGAUCAAGAAGCUUGUCUAUAUAUAUCUCAUUCACCAUGCAGAGCAAGAACCCGACCUCGCCCUCCUUUCGAUCAACACCAUCCAGAAAUCGCUGUCCGACUCGAACCCACAAGUACGGGCCCUUGCGCUACGAACAAUGUCAGGCAUAAGGGUGCCUGUGAUCAGCCAGAUCGUUUCUCUUGCCAUCAAGAAGGGUACAGGCGACAUGUCACCACAUGUGCGGAAAGCUGCAGCUUUGGCGAUUCCGAAAUGCUACCGACUAGAGCCAAAUACUCUUCCUCAGCUGCUCAAGUACAUGAGCACACUGCUCGGCGACAAACAAUACUACGUGGCCGGAGCGGCAGUCUCAGCCUUCCUCGAUAUCUGCCCAGAGCGCAUCGACCUGAUACAUAAGCACUACAGAUCUCUCAUCAAGAAAAUUGUCGACAUGGACGAGUGGAGCCAGCUUGCGGUGCUGAGGAUGAUGACAGUCUAUGCACGCAAGUGCUUUCCGAGGAGAACGCGGACUGUAAAGCCGCAGAACAAUUCAGGGGACCUACAGGACUUUUACGGUGAGAGCACUGCAGAGACGAAUGAAGCCGCGAGCGAAGAGCAGGUUGUCGUGCUCGACCCCGACCUCACCCUCCUGUUGAACGGCAUCAAGCCGUUACUACAGAGUCGCAACUCGGCUGUCGUCAUUGCAGUGGUACGAUGCUACAACGAUAUUGGGACACCCGAGUACACAAAGGCAGCGAUAGGUCCUCUGGUCGCGCUGGUCAGGGGGCCCCAGGACAUCCAACAAGUCGCACUUUACAACAUUGUAGCAGUGUGUCUGGACCAUCCGACAUCGUUUGCCAAGUAUGCGUCGCAUUUCCUUGUGCGAGCGACGGAUCCGGCGCCGGUGUGGGAACUCAAGCUUGAGGUCCUUACGCUCAUCUUCCCCCACAGCCCGGCCUACACAAAAAGCUUGAUAUUGAACGAGCUCGAGCACUUCUCUAGCGGCACGGACAAGGCCUUGGUACGUGAAGCUGUACGUGCGAUUGGUCGCUGUGCGCAGGCAGACCACUCCACAACUGCACGUUGCAUGCGGCUCCUUCUCGGUCAAAUAACCAGUCUCGAUGGCACGCUUGCAGCAGAGUCACUGACAGUCAUACGGCAUCUGAUCCAACAAGACCCAGAAGGUCAUGUGCGUACUGUUAUCAAACUUGCCAAGAAUCUCGAUUCUGCAACCGACCCACAGGCCCGGGCAACCAUUGUAUGGCUCGUCGGCGAGUUCUCCGGGUUGGACGCGGAGAACAAUAUCGCGGCUGACGUACUGCGGAUCCUGCUGAAAGGCUUCGCCGAUGAAUCGGAAAUCACCAAGCGCCAGAUCGUGUUGCUUGCAGCUAAGGUCUACUUGCACCACAUCAACAGGGAGGCCGAAGCAGCAAAGUUGAGGGAUGCCGAGAACAAUGACGACAUACCUGAAGCCUUCACCGAGGUGCACCCGAUCACAAGGCUGUGGGACUAUGUGCUACAACUGGUCCGAUAUGAUACUUCAUACGACCUGAGGGACCGCACUCGACUAUAUAAGGCCUUAUUGGGCGUGCCGCAGCUCGCGACGCUUAUGCUUCUUGCGCCUAAGCCCGCGCCCCAGGCACCAAGUCCAUCAGAAACACGAAAGGGCUUCAUCCUGGGCUCUUCUGCACUAGUUCUAGCUGGCGGCGGCGGCGUGCACCCUCUGAAGGGGUACCAGCCGCUGCCUCCAUGGGUGCAGGAAGGGCGGGAGCCUGAUCCUAGCCUUCGAGGAGUUGAUAGUACCGCAUUAGAAUAUGGCCAGAAGGGCCGCUCUGUGCCAGCGUCUGAAGUUUUAGGAGAAGCUCCGCAGCCCGUUGCGACAAAGAGCAAUGGGGCGGGGGCCAAGACUCUAGAUGACUGGCUCGCAGAGAGUGCUUCCGAAGAGGAGGCAGACGAAGAAGACCCGGAUGAGGAAAGUGAAGAAGACGACGAUGGCGAGGAGGAGGAUGAGGAAGAAGAGGAGACGGACGAAGAGGAGGAUGAGGAUGGGGAGGAAGAUGAUGAAUCAUCCGAAGAGGACGAGGCGGAUGAGCUCGAAGGCUUUCUAAGCAAAUGAAGUGAAGCUUGACACUUUGAGCAGUUGAAGAUCGUCUGAAAUUUGUGCAAAGGUUGAACUGGAGGCCCACUCUGGUGCACUCAGGUUCAACAGGUCCGACAGGACAGGCCGAAACAUCAUUGAUGAACGUGCCAAGCCUCUUGCCGCGCCGACGUCCCAGCAGACCUCUUUGUG